GGGACCAGGGAACAGUUGGAAAAGAGUGAACGGUGCGCUUUACAAUGGAUUAAAAACCUCCACAUGUAGAUAGACACCUGGUGUGCGCAUCCACUAUGCGCCCACGGGCACGUCCAAUAUGCAAUGGAAUUGAUAAUGCACCUUGGUUUCCAUUUUUAUUCGUUUAUCAGGUAAACCAACGGAUAAGAAUGUUGAGGUUGAGAACAGUGCUGCUGACUCCAAUUAGAUUAGAUUAUUGGAUUGGCUGCAACAGAUUAUAGCGCGCCUGCUUCCAAGACGCAGUAUACCGAGAAAGAAGCGUAUUAUCUAACAAUUUUACCCCUGUGGACUUCGACAAUAAUAAGGGGCAGCCAUGCUGACCACCUUUUUGGACGGCCUCCUCUGCUGCCUGACGGGGAAGUCGGCCAACGUUGUGGUUCCCAUAGAAACCUCAGAACCCGCUGACGGCUACGAGUUUGUGGAGGUCAAACCAGGUCGCGUCCUGAGGGUCCGACACGUCAUCCCGGAGCGGGAGGUGGAGGAAGAGCCCAGCGGGCCAGGGGGAAGCGUCCACUGCAAGAGGAAGAUCACAGUGUAUCGUAACGGACAGCUACUGAUAGAAAACCUGGGGGAUGCGGUGAGACAGGAGCUGUUACAUGCUCCGAACGGAGAAGCAGAACCCAACUGUACAGUAGAGGUAGAGCUCGCAGACCCACCGUCCAAUCCAACUCCCAAUCCUGACACCAAAGUGGACAAGACGGGGUCAGUGGUUGGGACAGGGGGAAGUGGGGCAGGGGGAGCGGCAACAGCUCCAGCCCCGAUCCUGGAAUUAGCCCCAGAUCUGACCCAGCAGCCCCGGAAGCGACGGCGGAAGCCCAAGCGCACAGUGGUGAUCGACAGCGAGAGGAAGAUCACAUCAUGUAAGGGGACACACGCGGACGUGGCACUGUUCUUUGUGCACGGUGUGGGCGGCUCGCUGGACAUCUGGGGCAGUCAGCUGGACUUCUUCUUCCGUCUGGGCUAUGAGGUCAUCGUGCCAGAUCUGGUAGGUCACGGGGCGAGCUCGGCGCCCCAGAUCGCGGCGGCAUACACGUUCUAUGCCCUGGCCGAGGACAUGAGGGCCAUCUUUAAGAGAUAUGCACGGAAAAGGAACAUUCUCAUCGGACACUCUUAUGGUGUGUCAUUCUGUACAUUCCUGGCCCAUGAGUACCCGGACCAGGUCCACAAGGUGGUGAUGAUAAACGGAGGAGGCCCCACUGCCCUGGAGCCCAGCCUUUGUUCCAUCUUCAACCUGCCCACCUGCGUCCUGCACUGCCUCUCCCCCUGCCUCUCCUGGAGCUUUCUCAAGGCUGGGUUUGCCCACCAGGGUGCGAAGGAGAAGCAGCUGUUGAAAGACAACAAUGCUUUCAACGUGUCCUCCUUCGUGCUGCGUGCCAUGAUGAGUGGCCAGUACUGGCCAGAGGGCGACGAGGUGUACCAUGCAGAGAUCACUGUGCCUAUCCUACUGGUGCACGGCAUGUACGACAAGUUUGUGCCCGUGGAGGAGGAUCAACGCAUGGCAGAGAUCUUGCUGCUUGCCUUCCUGAAGAUAAUCAAUGAGGGCAGUCACAUGGUGAUGAUGGAGUGUCCCGAGAGCGUCAACACCCUCCUGCACGAGUUCUUCCUCUGGGAGCCAGACUCCGUUCCUAAAUCUAAACCACGACCUGAAACCGCCAAUGCCCCCACUGCAUCCAACGGGGGAGCAACUUCAGAAAGCCAAGCCAAGAAUAAGUAGCCCAUAGAAGGAUGGAUGUGUGUUAUUGACUCCAAUCAAAGCUUGCACAGCCAGUGAUGUACUGUCUACCAUGGCUGGUAGUGCUAGGCGUGUCUCCUCAGGUGCAGGGAGCUGGUUUGAGUCGGUUUGAACUGGUCUGGGCUGGUUUUGAGCUGGUUUAAGAUUGAAAUUUGAGGAGGUGGAACACAGUACACAGGGACAGAUGGGCCCAUAUUUGGUCUAAGUCAGAGCUACUGCACUACAUCAGAGAGGAAGGACAAGAGGAAUGCGAGGGAGGGUGAGGAGGGACGGAUGGAUGGACGUCAAUGACGUUGACUGUGGAGGUCUAUUGUAUUGUACUGACCUGUACUGAUUGAGUGACUGAUCCCUGACUGUGCCUUGGGGUGGUGUGGGGCUGAAGAGGUGCUGAGUUGUAGAGGUGGACCUGAUAAUGUUAUUGGUUUUGUGUGGUACAAGGACCCAAGUCUAUACUUGGGUCCACCUCUAGUUGCACAAUGGGUGGAAAUGUCAAAACAAGGGUGGAUCAGAGAGGGAAGAGAAUGUAUUGGAAGUGGUCAAGUCACACAAGAAAAUAACUAGCCAAGAAGAACGCUUGUUAUACUACUCAAGCCAAAGGUUAGCCAAUGUUUGUGACAAGCAACACCAGAACCAACUUCUUUUUUUUCUGACACUACUUCUUCACAUUUGAAUAUUUGAAACUUCACAACAUUGUGACUGAAGUUGAAUGAGACAUUUUAAAUGAUGUUUGACAGUCAAAUGCUGCUUUUUGAGAACUAGCCAACUACGAUGUAUUUAAAUGCAUUAUUCAUACAUUAUUUAAAUGCACUUCCCUGUCAAAAUCAUUCCAAAUGACAAGCAAUUUCUUGACAUUGACAAUGUUUUGCUUUAUCUACAGAGAAACAACUGGGGGACAGGGGGAAUACCAAUGUUUGACUGUUUUACAAAGUCUCCUUGUGUAUUUUAUGGGGAAACAAAUAUGUUUCCUUUGGCUGCUGGUUAACUGGGAAGUACAAACUGGUAGAUCAAUGUGUGUUUUGGGCCCUUUUAAGAAGGAUUAUUGUACUUGAUGUUUCUUCAUAUUCCUCAACAAAACUAUGCUGAACAAUGAUUGUUUACCUGUUUUUCAGGUAAAAGUGAUAUAAGCUAUGAAAAUGUGUAUUGGUAAAAUACCAAAAUAUGGUACACAACAUUUUUGUAAAAUCUGAGAAUUCUUCAAUGCCACAUGGCAAGCUCUCCGUCGUGUAACUACUGAACAAAAAUGUAAAGUGUUGGUUCUAUGUUUCAUGAGCUGAAAUAAAAGAUUCCAGAAAUGUUC